UGUUGAUCUCAACACAGCGUACGAUCAUAAACAUGGAUAAGUUUGUUAAAAUUAUUUAUAUUUUUACAUUUUUGUACACAUUGUCGAGUGCUCAAACCACAAAUGAUUAUUGUCAAUAUGAUUGUAGUGGUAAGACCCAUACAGUUUGUCUUCGAAAAGAUGUAAACUGCGGUAAAGGAUCAACUUGCGGUUCAAACUAUCGACCUAUUCCGUUGACAGAUGCUGAUAGAAGAUUCGUGUUGGAUGUCCAUAAUAAAUUGAGAAACAAGGUUGCUUCUGGCCAGGAAACCAGUGGAAAUCAACCUUCUGCUUCCAAUAUGAAGGCUGUUAGUUAUAGUAAGGAAUUAGAAACUAUUGCCCAGUGCCACACCAACAACUGUGUUUUUGCUCAUGAUCAAUGUAGAAGGACAGCUCCAUAUAGCUGGGUGGGACAAAACAUAGGAAGUAGAUCAUAUUCUGGUUCCACCGGCGACUAUAAGACUGCAAGCAAUCUCACCAUCUAUUCCUGGUAUAGCGAAGUAAAAGAUUUUAAUAACAGUUGGGUCGGUUCUUUUGGAAACUAUCCCACAUCGAAAGCAGUUGGACAUUAUACUCAAGUCGUUUGGGCCAAUACCAUCAAAGUAGGAUGUGCACUGACUUUCUAUACAACGACUGACAACUGGAAUACCUACUUGAUGGCUUGCAACUAUGCACCGGGAGGAAAUAUCGUAGGACAAUCUGUUUAUGAAGUUGGUGCGCCUGCGUCAGCAUGCGGAGCGUCAGGCGUUAACCCCACUUAUUCAGCUCUAUGUGGACCUGAUGACAUUUUGGAUUCUUAAAUGUUGCUAGUUGUAUUCGUUUUGUGAAUAGAAUGUGCAAAUAUUUAAUAGGAAUUAUGAUAAGGUAUAAUAAAUAAAAUUCAAAAACACUCA